GACACUCUAAACAUGCAGACAGGAAACAUGGGGACAGAGGGUACCGAGAUGAUGGACUUCACGAAUACUACUUCAAAUCCAGAGGGGGAUGAACUGAAACAGGAACUGAGGACUUAUUUCAGUCAUACCUUUUCACGCUGUUUCCAGGGGGAAAGAUGGUGGAAGAAAAUUCCUCUCAAGAUGAUAGUCCACCUAAUCAGUUUGACGAUUAUCACUGCUCAGCUAGUACUGUUUGCCAACGAGCGGUCGCACUUCGCUACCUACCUGAACCGGAACAACAUUGCCCUGAAACAUCUUUUGUUGCGGAAUUGGUCCAAGGAUUAUGAGACCAUGCCAUACCCACCCACCACUGGCACGUACGCAGUCUACACUAUUGAUGAACUCAAGGAACAUGUGCAGUUUGUUGUAGAGGGGAUUCACUCUCUCCCAACGACAGCCGUUGGGUCGUUUUUUCUUAAUAAUGACAACGUCACUAAUCCACUGCGUAUCUGCGCUACUUAUUACAAAUCCGGAAUCUUUAACAGAACGUCCCAGCAUUCGGCUAUAACGAUUGACCGAAACAAGAGAAAACAGUGUAAGGAUGUUGGAAUAAACACCACGAACUAUGGCCUUGACCCCAGCCUCGAUGACCUGAUAAAAAGUGAGAAUGGUGUUUUAGUUAGCUAG